CCAUCCCCUCCCUCCACUGUGCUCGCUCCUACCAAAGCUUCUCGUUUCCUCCCGCCCGAAACCUUAAAAAGCAAAAACCCUCCAAAUCUCAAUCCCCAGCCAAAGGCUUCUCCCUUGGAAUGCAACAACGCCUGAAAUGCGCGGCCCAGAAUCGAAAAAACUAAGUUCGAUUUUCGGCUCCGCCUUGAAAAACAUCUCCGAGAAAUCCGAUUCCAAUCCUUUGGCUGCCGCAGCAGCUACUGAUAAAACCAUAAAGGAGCUGAUUUCAUUGCCUUCCUCAUCCUCAUCCUCCAGCAGCAGCAUCAAAUCCAGCUCCGGGAAGCCGCUGAAGUCGUCGAAGAAAUCAGCUAGGGUUUUGUCCAAACCAUCAUCUGCUUCGUUGUCUCGGCCGAAGAAAUCCCGUUCGGAGACCAGAAGUGAAACGGUGGAUCUGGAUAAAUUCUCUCUCGACUCUGACAACUCGCCAGGAGAGGUAUUGAAGGAAAUAUCUUCUAUAUUACGUGGCAAUAACUCUUUGGACUCGCUCAGCGUACCUGCAUCUAAAAAGCCUGAUGUCGGGAAAUCGCUGGACAAGGUCUUAGACAUGCCAUGGUUCUCGAAUAUGUCCCAGACCUGCAUUUCACUACGUCGGAAGGAACUUUCACGGGAAAGAAAACAAAAAUGGAUUUUCAAGAAUACCCAAACUCAUCGUUUUGAGGGUUUAGUAAGAAUGUGCGCACAAAAGCUGGGCACUGAAGCAACUCUUGAGGUUUUUGGUAAACUGGGAAGAGAAACUGGCGUCAAAGAAUACAAUGCCUUGAUAAAAAUAUGCAUAGAGAAGGCAAGGCAGAGUAAUGAUGAAGAAAUUUCAUUAGAUGAAAUUCAAAAGGCCUUUCAACUAUUUAGAUCAAUGAGAGAGCAAGGAUUUCAAUUGGAAGAAGAAAGUUACAGCCCAUUGCUUAUGUAUUUGAUUGAUAUGGGAAUGAUUGAGGAAUUCCACUUCUUUUGUGGACUUAUCAAAGAUGAGAACCCAGGUUCUUUUUCAAGAUUGGGAUAUUAUGAGAUGCUGCUUUGGAUUAGAGUAAACAAUGAAGAUAAGGUUCAGGAGCUAUGCAAUUCAGUUGUUGAUAGUAUUGAAGAUAGUCUUGAUUUAGCUGUAAGCUAUUUAUUGGCUUUGUGCGAAACUGAUAAGGAGGAGCUUUUGCAACUGUUAGAGGUGGUGGAUAUGACAAAAAUUUCAUCCAUGGAGUAUGUAACAACAAUAUUUAAAUCAUUAGGGAGGCUGUUAUUGGAAAAUUUUGCAGAGAAAUUCUUUUUGGCAUUCAAGAUAUCAGAGGCUCGAGAAGAAGAUAUCUCAUCCUUCAUCUAUAACUAUGUUAUUAGCAUGCCAAACUUAGCGGUUGAAGAAGUCAUUUCAAAAUUUAAAGACUUGCAUGAGAAACUCGAAGUUCUACCUUCUUCCGCAUCAUAUGACAAGCUCAUUACGUAUUGUUGUAAUUCACUUCAGGUUAAAUUAAUUGACUCAGCUGAUGAUAUCAGGAGGGUCUUCAUCAAAUUAUUGAUGCGAAUGUUUCAGAAUUUGGGUCUGGCCCUGUCUGUUGAAACUUUUCAACCAAUUCUUCGUGCGAGUGAGCAGAGCUUUGAGCUUGAUUUGGUCCAUCCAAUUUAUUCAGUUAUACGUCACUAUGAUUUGAAGCCGAAAGGCGUGACCUUCAAAAGCAUGAUAAGUUUGUGUGUGAAGAUGAAAGAUUUUGAAGGUGCAUACAACAUGCUAAAAGAUGUGGAAGAAAUGAACAUAACGCCAACAGCAAACAUGUACAAUGCUAUAAUGGCUGGAUACUUCAGGGAGAAAAACAUUCCUGGUGGGUUGAUGGUUCUCAGGCAAAUGGAAUUGGCAAAUGUAAAACCGGAUUCUGAGACUUUCAGCUAUUUAAUAGGAAAUUGUGAAUGUGAAGAGGAUAUCGUCAAGUAUCAUGACAAAUUGCAGCGUGCUGGAGUUCAAGUUACAAAGCAUGUUUAUAUGGCUCUUAUAAAUGCAUAUUCAAAUUGUGGGCAAUUUGAGAAGGCAAAACAGGUGGUCUUGCAUCAAGGAAUACCAGUAAAGAACAUAAAUGAGAUUAAGAGCGCACUUGUAUCAGCCCUUACAUCAAAUGGGCAAAUAUUAGAUGCACUGGAAGUAUAUGAAGAAAUCAAGCAAGCUGGAUGCCAUCUGGAAGCCAAGGCCAUUAUAUGCCUCAUUGAGAACCUCCGGUCUGAAGGAGAAUUGGAUAAGCUGCUUCAGCUACUUGGCGAGUUGAAUGAUUUCAACAGUUGGUUUGAUGGGUGCAGCAGAGUUGUCUUGUACUGUGCUCGAUACAAGCUUCUAAGUUCUGCUGUGGAAUUGCUCAAACAGCUUAAGGAGAAAGAUGAAUUGGCUACAUCUGUUGUUUUUGACCAGAUAUUUAGCCAAGCAUUGGGGUCGGAGCCUACAGAUUUAGAGACUGGAUUAAGUUUACUCCAGUCUAUGAAGGAAGAUCUCGAUCUUCGUCCUUCUCGUACAAGUCUUGAUUUCCUACUUAGUGCUUGUGUAAGUGCAAAGGAUCCAUGUAGUGCUGAGCUGAUCUGGGAAGAGUAUAAAAAAGCUGGUCUUUCCUUCAAUGUAUUGACAUUCUUGAGGAAGUACCAAGUUCUUUUGGCUUCAGGGAAGCAUACAUCUGCAGCCAAACUGCUGAAGAAAAUACAGAAAGACGACCCACAUGUUCGCUGCAUCAUCAAUGCAUGCAAUGCAACUUACUGGAAAACCACAUCCACAGGAGAGACGAAGAAGAACAGUCAGAUACAGAGGUAUUAAAUAGCAUUUUACUUGUGUAACUGUCCGACACCCGUAAUUAAGGGACUUGGAUUCAGAAUUAUUCAAAUGUAUUAGAAAAUGGAGUUUUUAAGGUGGUUUUUCUUUUU